AUGAUGGCGCAUUUGCCCGGCCUGCAUCUUACUGUCUUCCUGCUGCUUCGAAGUUGUGGUUGGCUGACUUGGGCUUCGACCCUUGAGGCGACCAAAGUUAACAGAGAUGGUUCGGGUGCAAUGCCAACCGAUAUCCCCAGAGUGUCUCUGGGAGUGUGGGGCGAGAGCUGUGAUUCUGGCAAGCCCCAGAUGUCCCUGGUGCAGUCGCGCGUCUCCAGGCGAAAAGGUCUGCCGAAGGCACCGAAACCCUGGGAUGUUCGCAUGUACUUCGUCGCAGAGCACCACAAGUCCGGCAGCGUGCUGUUGGCACAAGUGCUGAGGCUGAUCUUCCGAGACCUCGGAUCGCCACAAUGCUGUAGCACCGUCCCUCACAUGAACGUGACCAACAACAGCGUGCCUUGCGACGAGUAUCCCAACUCCACAAUCCAGGUACACGCAAACCCUAGCCCUGACACUGUGCAGCAGGUGCGCGCCACGGCUAGGAGACAGAACCUGGACCUUCGGGCUGUGCAUGCCAUAAGGAAGCCGAAGGACAUGCUGGUUUCGGCGUAUUGCUUUUCCAUGCGAGGCCAAGAGGCAGACGACCCAGCGUUCGCAAACUUUCCGUGGGUGGAGUUCUUGUCCAAUGGUCCAGCCGCCGGUAUGCUGACUCUCUGGAACUGGGAAAUGCACCGGCAGUUUAGCUACAUGGUCGACAUGUAUGCCAGGAUGACCCCGCUUGAAACCUUCACGAUGCGCUAUGAGGAGGUGACUAAGUCCACGGCCGACUUCGACGAAAACAUUCAAGGACUCUUGAGGCACUUCUUUGACGGCUUGGUCUCCGAGACCGUCCUGCAAGAGCUUGCGGACAGCGCGAAACUGGAGGACUUGCAUCGGCAUCCUGAGAUUGGCCACGAACACCCGAACGACCCUGAUUGCAUGGAGACUGCACAUGCAGCUCUUCUGUCGCUGGAUCCUGCAAUUCUGGAGCAGCUAAAAGCCUGGCAGGCACAGCUGGGAUACUCCAUAGAGAACUGGCCGGAGCCCGUCAUCGACUAG